ACUAAUUAAGACGUUGAAUCUCAUUUGAUUUAAUCUGUACAAAAACUCAAGUGUUAAAAUGACAUGUGUUUUAACGGGGCUUUAUGUGCCAAAAACUAUUUCUCAGUGUGGACAUAAUUGGUGCAUGACCUUGCCCAUUAUACAGCAAUUUGUCAUCUUUUACACUUUGGUUUUUAAUCAGGGAUUAAACAAAGAGAAAAAAAAACAUGUCAAUUACUGAGUUUUAGCAUCCUGGUUGGUGGAUUUUGUUUCCUUUGUGGAGAGCCAGGCUAGCUGUUUCAUCCCGUUUCCACUGUUAGAUAACCAGCUGUCAGCCGUAGCUUCUUUAUAUUUACCAUAAUGACAUGAAAGUUUUACAGAUGUUUUCAUCAAACUCUCGACAAAUAAUAAAUGAAAAGCAUUUAAGCUUGUUUUCUCAAAAUAAAAAACUAAGCAACAAUAAAACAACAAAAAAAAGCAAUAAUUCCUCACACAAUGACUCCUGGUAUAGGGAUCAGACAUUGGAUGGGUUCCAGACUGGUACAAAACAAUAUAUAUAUAAACAACAACAGUUUGUGACACAAGAAGCACAACACAAGACUGUGAAUUACGCUGAUGAGCUCUGAAGAAUGUUACGAAUAUAUGAAUGAGCAUUUAAAAGCAGUGCAGUUUAUGUCCACAUGCUCAGCACUUGCUAUGUGUCUAUGUUUCUCUGUUCAGUAUUUCAUUGUUCUUAAGAAGGUCAUCGAGUGUGUGUGUGUGUGUGUGUGUGUUUGUGUGUGUGAGAGAGAGAGAGCCUUGAAAGUGUGCAUGUUGUAUUGUUAGUCAUUCUUACCUGCUUUUGUAUUGAGUAUUUUCCAAAUGACCGAAGGAGCUUUUUUCUUUAAGAAUUCAUGUCACCACUUGGAAAAAGUAGGCUUCAUUUCUUUCAAUGAUUGUUAUUUAAUAAUAAUAAUAAUAAUAAUAAUAAAGUUGGGUAGUGAAAAUGUGUACAUACGUUUCUUUGAGGUCAGUAACAUGUUAUAUAAUGGUGUUUAAAUCUUGUGUAAUUUAACAUACAUACAGCAGUUGUCAUCGUGGAAGUUUCGGGAGAGCUUGUGAAGUGUUCUGGCUUAUUCACUCAGUGGACGGUAAUGAAGACACACGCCCACACACACACACACACGCGGGUAUUUAUGUCUGAAGGUACAGCAGCUUACAGCACACUCAGCCAAUGAGCAGGUGUGAGAUUGAUUGAUCCCCUCCGUCUGACCCAAGCUGUCUGGAGGGUGACAGGUUGGCCUUGAAGCACACUUCUUACUGUCAGAAGAGUCUGAGCUGCGGACGGACGCUCUCUGCUGUUUCCUGUCACGAGAGGAACGUCGGCCGUGCUGCUGCUGCUGCUGCUGCGCUGAGCAGAAUAAAGAAAAAUGGUUGGCCUGCAGAGACUCCCCCUUACAGUGACCCUCUGCCUGCUGCUACUCGCAACAUUGUUGCCCAGCUCGGAGGCCCGGCGUGGAGGUGGUGGCUUUAGCCGAGGUGGAGGAGGCUGGGGCCGGGGCCGAGGCUGGGGUGGAGGUGGUGGCCAGGUGUACAGACCUGUCCAGAGCAGUGGCCCCAGUGCUGGAAAAAUAGCCGGCGCAGCUGCAGCGGGCGCCAUAGGAGGAUCAAUGAUUGGUUCUGCCUUGAGCCGCCCUGGGGUUGGGUACGGGUAUGGUGGAGGAUAUGGAGGAUACGGAAUGGGGUAUGGUGGGUAUAGAGGAUAUGGAGGAUAUGACGGGGGUUAUGGCUACCCACGGGGUGGCUAUGGCAGGGCUGUCAAUGAACCAGAGGGCUCUGGAGAUAUGGAGUUCUACACUGGAGCAUCCAGUGGCCCCAUCUACAGCAGCAUUAUUGUUGUCAUCGGCUCACUGAUGUCUCUGCUCAUGGGCCACUGGGUGGCAGUGAUGUAGAGCUGCAGACAGAGCUGUGAUCCUUCAAACAGACACGCGUCCUCCCAGGCCUGACUAAAAAUGACCCACAACUUGACAGAAAAUAAAACUAUUUCUGGUUCAAAUCCGAUCAUUUUACAAAGGGAAGCUGUGGCCAAUUCGUUUUCAAUUUUCAAUUUUGUUUUGUUUACUUUAGUGAGCCUCCGUGAGGAUAGGAAAAGGAAUUUAAUCUUUUCAACAUAUCACUGUGACACCAUGCCUCAUUGUGUAGGUGCACCGAUAAAGAUAACCACUUCCUGCAAGAAUUUGCCAGAGUUAAGAGAUAAUUUGUCUUGAUGAAAUACUAAAACUGCAUUGUUUACCACAUUCCCAUAUCUCCUUUUAAUGUGGCAAGUCUUUUUAUACUUUUGAUUGCUGGGGUGAUUAACUCUACCUCAAGAAGUCAGGUCAGGGCCAGACUUCAAGAGCAGCUAUACACUUCAUAUGAUAAUGCCAUUUCUCCGUAUAUUUCAUCAUAAAUUUACCACACUGUUUCACAUUCUGUCUGCUCUGCAUAUCGUUAUUUUACAGUACAUUUUCGGUACUUUGCUUGUAUGUGUAUACUUUAUCUAAUUAAAGUAAACAUUUUAUGCCAUUUUGUAGACUUUUAUGCACAAAAGCAAAAUGUUCUCCCCUGUUGUUAUAUAAAUAAAAUAAAUUAGUACAAACAUUUUUGUGUUGAAUUGUA